GAAGAAUCAGACAAUGAAGAAGACUAUGCAAUGUUAUUAAUUGAGACACAGUUAAAAGAGAAGCCUAAUCGUAUUGUUGGUUACAUAGAACACGUUGUAGACAACUAUAGUAGUACGGAAUUUCAACAACAUUUCAGAUUGUCUUUUGAAGCCUUUGAUUAUUUACUAGAACAAGUUGGUCCGUUAUUAAACUCUGCUGGAAAUGAAAAUAAACAAACUGGUCGUCCGCUAAUAGAUCCACGAAAACAGUUACUUUCAGUAAUUUGGAUAUUGGCUACACCUGAUUCAUACAGGUCCGUUGGUGAAAAAUUUGACAUGGCAAAGUCAUCGCUAUCAACAUGUUUUGUGCGAGUAAUUAAUGCUCUUUGUAUAAUUGCACCUAAAAUAAUAAAAUGGCCACAAAGAUCAGAAAUCGACGCAAAUAUUGAUAAAUUUAAAGAAAUCUGUAAUAUUCCUAAUGUUAUUGGUGUAAUUGACGGAACAUACAUUCCAAUCAAAGCUCCAAAAGUCGAUGCAGAAGCUUAUAUAAACCGAAAAUGCUUCUACGCUAUUACACUGCAAGGAAUAUGUGAUGCAUCAAUGAAAUUUGUUGAUUGCUUUGCAGGAUACCCAAGUUCUGUAAGCGAUGUGAGAAUUUUUAGGAACUCAGACAUAUAUAUUGAUAUAAUGUCUAAUACCAAACGCUACUUUCCCGGAGAUGAAUUUUUAUUGGGAGAUAAGGCUUAUCCUGUAUUAAAAUGGCUAAUUCCGCCUUAUAUUGAUAGAGGAAAUUUAAACGCCGUUAACAGACGAUUUAAUGAAACUGUAUCAAAAG